AGCACAAACACGAGGCUAACGUGCGUCGUCGGCUUACAUAACGGUAUUGAUUUUUGCAAGUCAAAACAGAAAAUUCUGCGCAUAGCCAAAACGAAAGUAGCUUAUAUUAUGAAAAAACUUUCAAAGGAAUUAUGCAGAAGCUUAGAAUUCAGGUUAUUCCAUACCUUGCUUGCUUUAAAAGGAAUUCUUAUGGUUUUAGCAAUUGUGCUGGUAUUAUCUUCUGAAGAAAUUUCAACAGUUAAGCCAUGUGAAUUAGAAGAGGUGCUUGUUUCUUUAAGUGUGAGCAAUACUUUACCCUGUAAAUACGAUGCCAUUAAAAACGAGUCAACAUGCAUACGCAAUUGGGGGAUAUCUCUUCCAGUUCUGAUUUUACUAACUUUCCUAUUGAUAUUGAAUUUCAUAUGGAUACCUAAGUACAAUGGAAUCAGCAUAUUCAUCAGAUUUGCAGGAAUUAUUGUCGUUGGAGUUCUUGCUGUCUUGUAUGCAGGCAUAAUGAUAUAUUUCUACGAAAAAGUGCUUGACUACAAAGAAAAGCAAAUGGAUACGAACUAUGUCGAAAUAAAAACAUCAAUGAUAGCUCGACUCCAGGAGAGUUAUAGUUCGGAUAAUGUAACCAGCGGAGGUGCAAUAUCUAAUAGUUGGAACAGGUUCUUCAUCGAGUACGACUGUUGUGCUAUAAACCAAGUCAAAGGAACAACUAACGACUUUGACAGCACUCCGUGGUGUACCACAGCAGGCACAUGUCAGUCAACUGCAUCCCAGAUCCCAAAGACCUGUUGCAAUUAUGUCUCGGAGGACGAUUAUGGAAGCGCACCAAAUACCUGUCAUUCAUCUGUCAGUCCUGGAACAUUUAAAUAUAACUGCAUGAUACCUAUCAAGUCACUAAGCGUUGUACACAUUGAAGAAUGGCAAGUAAGCCUGCUACGAAUCACCUUAUUGACUAUUGGGACUUUGGAGAUAACUGAAUUUAUCAUUGAAGGGAUGUUGUUAUCAUUAUAUAUUUGUUGUAUUCGAAAGAAAGUAUGGCCUGAAUAAAGGUCGAUAUUAAGAGUUAAAUCAAUGUAAUGAAUGGUGAAAACCAAGUACACUUUGUCAAUGGCGUUUUUUUAAUGGCGUGUUUAAAAAAAAUCUCGAUUUUUGUAAUAUAACGACAAAUUUAACUAUACAUAAUACACUACGUAUGCAUGUUUUUUUAAUCAUUGUCUUUUAAGAUUUGUUAUCAAUGUUAUCAUACAAAUAUGAUUUUUUACAGGUUGAUCGUUUUUUCUUUUUUAAUUUAGUUAUUUGAAUAAAAAUAGUUGACUUAGUAAGAAAGUGGCCAUAAAUGGCUUUAGUCAUUUAUCAUCAUAUAUAGAAAUCCAUUUCUUCAGAAAAACGUAGUCAAAUUUUUCAAAAAGACUAGAUGAUACCUCGUGCAAGCGGGGGAAUUAACACUUUUAACAUCAUUAUAACAUAAUGCUUAAUAUGUUGAACUAAACUUUUUUUUUUCAUUUUUGUAUAUACUUUGUCCAAAUGUUUCCUUAUCUUAAUCCUUUAAAAUUGAAAUAAAAAAACGAACUGCA